UCUUCUCCACCUCUAAUCCAGCUUGUCACCUGCACAAAUAUAUAAACUGACAACCCUACUUAUAACUUUACACAGCUGCAAGGACAAGAAAUCAACGACAACUUUUCAACUGUAUUUCAAACUUCUUCAAAAUGAGGAGAGAACUUUGUUCAUUAUCCUUUUACAGGGCUGUAUUUGCCGAAUUCCUAGCCACCUUGAUCUUUGUGUUUUUUGGACUGGGCUCUGCUCUGAGAUGGCCAGCUGCUCUGCCAACAGUGCUACAGAUCUCAUUGGCCUUUGGUUUGGUGAUAGGUACAAUGGUCCAGACAGUGGGACACAUCAGUGGAGCUCAUAUAAAUCCAGCAGUCUCGUUUGCCUUCGUUCUUGGAUCUCAAAUUUCAAUAUUGAGAGGUAUUUUCUAUAUCAUUGCCCAGAUUCUGGGAGGAUUGGCUGGGGCUGGUAUCCUAUAUGCUGUGGUUCCACCACCUAUCCGAGGAAACCUUGCAAUCAACACACUCAGUAACAAUACGACUCCAGGGGUUGGUUUCGUCGUUGAGAUGAUCCUUACCUUUCAACUGGUUUUGUGCAUCUUUGCAUGUACUGACAGUCGCAGGACUGAUAAUAUAGGCUCUGCAGCCAUAUCUAUUGGCCUUUCUGUUACUUUGGGUCACCUUGUUGGGAUAUACUUCACUGGUUGCUCAAUGAAUCCUGCACGCUCAUUUUCUCCAGCAGUCAUAGUGAGAAGUUUUCGCAAUCACUGGGUCUUCUGGAUUGGGCCAUUAGCAGGUGGUGCGAUAGCCGCUUUAGUAUAUAAUUACAUUCUCUAUCCAAACGUAAGAUCGCCCAGGGAGAAGCUGGCCAUACUUAUAGGUACCGAUGAGCCAUCAAAUGCCUGGAGUGAGGAUCUUGAACAGCACAAGAGACACUCUUUGGAGUGUCCUGACCGUGUAAAUAAGCCAUUCUCUAUGUAACGAGAAAGGGUGACAUAGUAAUUGGACAAUGUCUUUCAAUAGCAAAGCCGGGGUUAUCAUGCCAAAAAGCUGUUGAUAUUUGGAAAUCCAAAAUUUCUCUGUCGUUCUGCUAUGCCAAAGCACAGAUGGGUUUGGUAUUCUUUUAUAUUAGAUACUGACCUUGCUGAAAAGCAAAGCUUAAUUUAUUAAUGAAAUGCAGUUUAAACAUCGGUAAGUGUUAUCUAUGCUUUAACAAGCAUGUUGGUUCAAAUUGGUACCAGUCCAACAAUCAGAAUGGACUCCGUAGCGGCAUAAAUCACUGUAAUCAUAAUAACUGUAUAGUGCUACCAAAUACUAGUAGUGGCUAAGAAGACCAUUAAGUACACCAUUGCAUUACUUCAAGCUUUCAUGCUUGAAGUUUUAGCACUAGACCCCAUGUACAAAGGUUAACUUUGGCCCACCACCUAAUAACCUUACAUAUGCAAUGACAUCACAACGCAUUGAUGUAGUCUUUUCCAUAGUAAAUAUCUCCAUCUAGCAUGAAUAACUAUCAUGUGCCUAUGGACUGACCCAAAAUAGUGUUAGUAUUCUCUUAUAUGGAACCAGGGCUUCUGAGACCAAAAGACUACAUGUCCUGGUUGUGAUUGCUACUUUGAAACAAUUAUCAAAAUUGUUAAAACUGCUGCUUAAUAAACUUAUAGAAAAUGCAACAUUCGUUUUUACCCUUAUAUUAUAGUUCUCUUUUCAGUCAUAACUAGGUUUGGUUUACGUGGGGCAACAGUCCUGCUCUUACCCUGUAUCUAAAUACCCUUACCAAGGCAGAGUGGUCUGUUGGAGACUCUUGGCACCCAGAACCCAACCAGAUAACCUCACUACACUCCUGCAAAAUAAUGCCCUGCAGUGUGCAUCCAACAAACUGUUUAUUAUUUUUUGAACAAAAUCUGAUUAAUAAUGCAAAAUGAGAUGGAAAUCAGCACAGUGUCUUACUAGCUCUGAUCUCAGAAUUGAUGCCUAGGGGGCCGCCCAAGCCCUCCUCUCUGCCCCUGAACGGGUGCAUAAUGAGCCAGCGACCGUACAUAUCCUCCUGAAUUCAUCUGCUGUGGCCCACAUCUCACCUCUUAAACUCCCUGCUCCAUAUCGUAAUGAGAGACAACUGGAGGAGGACAGAAAAUGCCAUAUAUUGAUGGCCACCACAGAUGGACUGCAUUUGGUGCAAUAUAUCCCAUUGUGCUGCACUGUGGUAUAUGGUUCUAAUGGGAUGGUAUAUUACGCUAUGGUAUUGUUGACCCCCACGUACUUGUGUUGCCCCGCCUUGUGUCAGUUUGGGGUCACUUUUAUUUAUUUAUUAUUUUUUUUACCAGGGCCACUUUAAGUUUCCAGCCCGCCUCUGCAUUUAAAAAUAAAACAGUAAACAUUACAUUCCUAAGCUCCUCUAGUGGUGGUUGCUGGUGCAGGGGAUUUGGAGCUUGGUAUCAGAAAAACUAGGCUUCAAUCGCUAUUAAUAUUAUAGCAAUAAUAUAAUAAUAAUAAUAAUAAUAUAGAAUUUUUAACUUAAAAGUGUCAUAGUGUUUAAAAGGUUAUUCACUUUAAAAAUAAUUAUCUUGGCCAGAGCUCCUGGGAGAAAGGAUAGCUUAGUGUUGAUACACAUUGUUGGAGCAGAUUUAUUAAGACAUGUCAUACAGUCUUAUAUAAAAGUAUGACAAAGUAAAAUGUGCCAGUGCACCAAAUUUAUUAAUAGGUGUAUACUUCUAAAUACAUUUGGCAUGUAAUGGUCUGUCCUGAAAAAAAAUGUGCCAAAAUUUGAGCAAUUUGCCGUCUUCUCAAUCUUUUUUGUGCAAUUUACAUUUUUGGUAGUUGUCUUGUACAGAUUGCAUCUUUUUAAUGUAAAAGAAA